AUGAGCCAAUCUAUGGGGUUUAGCUGGGGAUUCAAGCCCACGAGCGAAAUCUGCGGGCCAAAUACUACCUCAGCAUGUAAAAUCACGAAACCCCGGGUGAAACGGCGGUUCGCAGGCGACGAAACCGUUCAACCUAGCUCGACAACUGUUUCGGUGGCUCAUCGUCCAGUCAAAGCAAUAGCGAAACGGAAGACUGCAGUUUCUGGGAUCCAGGGCCAGCCCCUGCCACUGGCGCGUGCCGUGGAGCUUAUGGACCGCAAUUUGCUGCAAUCCACCCUUAUGGAACUGGUCAAAUUGCAUCCGGAAAUUCAAAGCACUUUAAUGGCUCUGCAACCACCUUCGCGGUCCGUGGACCAAUACACAACCAUUCUACGAGCCAAACUCGAACAGGUGUUCCGCAACCUGCCCUAUUCAAGACUGCGAGACUCAUCGUUAAACGAGGAAAACGAAGGACUCAGCGAUUACGCCUUUGUCAGGGUCAAGCCCCACAUACUGGAGUUUCUCAAUUGUCUUGUGGACUGUGUACUGGAAAGCAUACCACCACAAAGCCAAUCUGCACUGCAUUCCCUUAGAGUUCUGGACGCCGCCACAGAAUUGCUUGCCCAGGUGCCUCGGUUCGCCACUGCCAGCAAUAACUACUAUAAAAACGUGUGCUACGAACAAAUGGCCGAAAUCUGGCAUACCGUGAUACGCCAAGUGACUGAGGAUUUGUCUUUUAUUGCAUCUGCAUCGGGAACUGAGGAAUGGCUACAAAUUUUGCAAAAGCAUAAUGAGAACUCGCAUGGUCGACUCCAGAAGCCACUUCAGCUUCUCCAGGCUCUCCAGAAUCCAUUAGAUCCGUCUCAAACCCACUCUUCAUUUUCUCAAGACCAGCAGCCAUCUAAUCUUUGGAAUAAUUUGGUCUGA